GUGGAUGUCAGGCUCCUUCCCGCCGCUGUGGGAGUUAUAGGGGCUCAAUCCGACAACUUGACGCAAGCUAAGUCCUGCAAGCCCAUCUGCCACACUUGCGCCACAAUCCGGCUACAUCCGAGGAAACUUGUCCUCGCCCUACCCAAGAUUCUCGCGGCGUUUGCCCAUCAUCCACGUACUUCUGCGACAACAUAUUCUUGGGCGCACUCUACUAUGAAGGCUCGAUACUGCCAGGCAACCCGGGAUCUGGUCGAUACAGAUAAUGGCUGGCACUUCAGCGCUCUCCAUGUGUCUGCGACACAGGUUCUCGACUUUCGCAUCGAGGAUAUGGCUUCGAAGAUGCAAAGCAUGGCGCCUGAGCUAUGCGACCUCAUAGUUGCACUCCUUGUGGGUGGCGAGUCACGCGGUCUCAAAUGGAGCACCUCAGAUGAGGACGAAGAAGGCGCUUUACUCGACGCCGAUGAAAUUGAGUACCGGAGUCAACUGGGCGAUGAUCCCCCGGUGUGGAGUAGUGAAGUUUCAGGAGAAAGCAGUCGUGAUAUUGUCUAUAGUAAUGCAGUACUUGAGUCAGAGAUGUAA